AGGACGUGUGAAUGAAUGGAGCCGACGAGGAGCACACGGCGGCUUUUGCUUCAGCUGCACGUUGUUUAAACGUCAAACAAGAGCAUUUUUAUUCUUUUUUUUGUUGUUGUUUUUAUCUUCGGACGAGCUGCCCCGUGAAGACUGGUUUCCUUCCUAAUCCCGUUCCCGAGCUUCACCAAAGAGUCGCAGGACGUCGAGAGCCGAAUUCUUCUUUCUGCCUGAGCGGAGCAGCAACAGGAAAUGUGGACAAACGCGACGACUGUUCGAAUCCCAGAGAGGAGACGGUUGAGUCCUAAAGUCUGCGGGACGAUUAGCACGGGCGGACUGUGAGACGCUGCAGCUUCAGGAGAGAAGAACAAACAAGUGGACCAUGAAUUCAGUUCUGCACAAAUCGCCACCAAGGAGCUGGCUUGGUCUCAGAUUACGACUGAAUGACAAGCCGGUCCAGGAAGACGACUGGGUGUCGUGCCAGCACCCCGAGUGUCCCGAACGCCACAGAGCCUCCAAGGUUUGCCACCACCCAGACUGCCAAGAUCAGAAUAGUAAAAGCCCCCUACACCUGUGUGAGUCAUGUGACUCACGCUGCCAUUCAGAAAACUCAGACAACAUGCACUUUGAUCGGCAUCCUCGAUUUGACUUACAGCCUCAAGCCUCCAUCCUGGCUCGGAACGUGUCCACGCGCUCUUGCCCCCCGCGCACCAGCCCGCCCUCUGACCUGGAGGAAGAGGAUGAAGGGAGCAGUGACCGCGGCGAGCAUAAAACGGGAGGAAUGAAGCUGGUGAAAAAGAAACCACGCAGACGACACACCGAUGACCCCAGUAAAGAGUGCUUCAGCCUGAAGUUUGAUCUCAAUGUGGACAUCGACACAGAAAUUGUACCUGCCAUGAAAAAGAAAACCCUGAGAGAGGUUCUGGGCCCGGUGUUCGAGAGGAAAGGCAUCGAGUUGUCCCGCGUUGACCUGUUCCUGGAUCAGUCCAACACGCCACUGUCUCUCAACUUCGAGGCCUACCGUUUUGGGGGACACUACCUCAAAGUUAAAGCGCGUCCAGGCGAUGAGCUGAAGGUGGAGCAGGGUGUGAAGGAUCUGCGAUCGCUCAGUCUGCCCAACAUGAAGCCCUCUGGAGGUCAGAGCCCGUACAUCCUUGUGCCGGGCAGCGAGCGGGUGGAGCACGGAUCUCUGGGCCGCCGUGAAAGUGUCGAUCUGCUGGGUCAGGCGCGGCGGAGGAAGAACAUGACCGAGUUCCUGGGGGAGACAAACAUUCCAACCCCAGAUUCUCUGGGACAGCUCAGUGGCUCUCUGGCCGGCAUAGGACCCGGAACUGACCGCUGGAAGAACCGGGCUGCCAGUCGCUUCAGCGGCUUCUUUGGCUCGAGCGCUGGAGCAGGAGCCUUGGGGAAGGAAGUAGAUCGAGUGGACCAGCUCCAGAACAAACUCCACUCCUACACGUUGUUCGGUCUGCCCAAGGUCCCGCAGCAGCUCGCCUUCUACCAGGACUCCUGGGAGGGGGGGGAGGAGGAGGAGACCAACCUGACCCUAGAGGACAGCUGGCAGAUGCUACUGGACGACUCGGAGGCCUUGACAAGACGACAGUUCCACCAGCAGGAGGCGAUAUGGGAGCUGCUGCACACUGAGGCCACACACAUUAAGAAGCUCCGAGUCAUCACUGACCUGUUCCUGUGCGGGCUGCUAAACCUUCAGGAGAGCGGAGUGUUGAUGGAGGUGGAGCCCACCAAGCUGUUCAGCAACAUCCAAGAAAUUGUCCGCCUCCACGCGGAGCUAUGGAACCAGGUUAUGUUGCCAGUUCUGGAGAAGGCCAGGCAAGCCCGGGCUCUGCUCGACCCCACUGACCUCCAUGACGGCUUCAGGACGUUUGGCUCCAGGUUUCAGCCUUACAUCCGUUACUGCAUGGAGGAGGAGGGCUGUAUGGAGUACAUGCGCACACUUCUCAGGGACAACGAACUCUUCCGCAUUUAUGUCACGUGGGGAGAGACCCAUAAGCAGUGCAACCGUCUGAAGCUGGCUGACAUGUUGGCGAAGCCUCACCAGAGACUGACCAAAUAUCCCCUCCUCCUGAAGAGUGUUCUCAAGAAGACAGACGAGCCGUCAGCACGAGACAUCGUUGGCAACAUGGUUUCCACUGUGGAGGACUUCAUCAACAGCGUGGACUCUCAGAUGCGUCAGCGGCAGGAACAACAGAAACUGGCAACCAUUUCUGCACGCAUUGACACCUAUGAGGCUGUAGAGGGCAGCAGUGAAGAAGUGGAAAAGAUCCUCAAGGAAUACAACCGCUUUGACCUCAUGGCUCCCAUGAGGGGCAUUCCUCCCGAGGAGACUCGACAGCUGCACCUCGAAGGAGCGCUAAGAAUGAAAGAAGGCAAAGACAGUCGAGUGGACAUCUACUGUUUCCUCUUCACUGAUCUGCUGUUAAUUACCAAACCAGUAAAAAGAGUAGAGAAGGUCAAAAUCAUCCGCCAGCCCCUUCUCAUUCACAACGUUGUUUGCAAAGAGCUCAAAGACCCUGGAUCUUUCAUUCUCAUCUACCUCAAUGAGUUCAAGAGUGCAGUUGCAGCCUAUACUUUCCAAGCCAACAGCGCCACCCAGGGACGAAGCUGGAUUGAUGCAAUCUGCAAUGUACAGAACCAGCUGCAGAGGCUUCGCAAUGAGGAGGUCCUCCGCCAGCAGAACAGUCUAAAGAGGGGUGUGGAGCCGGAGGAAGAAGAGGAGGAGGAUGACGAGAGCAGUAACUCCACAACCAGCUCCCCGUGCCUCAGACACAAAGACCAGCAGAACACAAGUCAGUCCGAUGGUUCUACUGAGACUCUGUCAGUGAUGGACAUCGAUGAACCAGGGGAGCACAAAGAACCUGCAAACCCAACAUCGGACCUUGAUGAAACCGCUGAGAAUGAAUCAGACUCUGAUGUGGUCACCAUGUUACAACCCUGUGAGGUCCAGCCGGCCGGGUAUGUGGGCCCCCAUAGAUUCCACUCCAGUAUUUACCCCGAGGACAUUCAGGAGGCAGCAGCUGACACAGAGGAGCUGGACCCCCAGUGUCGGUCUCUGUCCAUGGACAGCGCCUACGGUACUCUUUCACCUGAAUCACUUCAGAGAGAGCUUCAGCCACAGCCGGAACAAAGUGAGGGUGAGGAUACGGAGGAGGAAGAAGGUGAGAGGGAGGGCCAGGUGCCAGAGCUAGAAGAGGCAGAAAUAGAAGAGCUGGAGGAAGGAGGAGAAGAAGAAGAAGAUGAUUCCAACUCACUUGGGUCCCAGUUGUCAGUAAUCCAGUCGACUAAGCCGCGCCGAUGGCCGCGUUGCCACGCUCUGCAGAGGCCUUCUGCUCUGUUGUUAUCCCGCUCAGAGGACAACCUACUACAGCGCUUCCACCUUAAAAACCCCUUAAUCCACAAACAUCUGCUCAAUUCUGAGGCACAGGAGCAGUCAGAGUGUCGGGAAAAGGAGAACACUGUACGUGGGCACAGUAAGAGCCUGUCAGAACUGGCUCAGAGCUGCAUGGAGCUGUUUCCCACCAGCCUCGAUCACUCUGAUGAUAGCCUGAACACAAACACGCUCUCUGACAAACUCUGCUCUACUCUGAGGAGGGCAGAGGCCCGGAACGUGCACAGGGAGGCAUCCGGUCAUGACUCCCAAAGCAACAGCUCCGAUGGAGAAACAGCACCAUCUGGCUGCACAGACAGGAACUACGACUCAGCAGCUACUGGUGAUUCUGGGGAAACGUCACCCAAAAAAAGGAAGUCUCCUGCCCAACAGCACAAGAAGCUGACGCUGGCUCAGCUGUACAGGAUACGCACCACGUUGGUCCUCAACUCCACGCUUACUGCAUCAGAGGUAUAGCUGCUCCGAGGAGCGGUGCGACAUCGAACACUUGUUUUGUGAGGGUGGACUGACUUUGUUGAACACAAAAUGCACUCGCUCUGACUGCCCUCGCCCUUCCUCAUGCUUUUUGGACAGUGACUGUAAUUUUGUCUUUGAACAACUACGAUCCUUUUUUUUUGUUUGUUUUCUUUGGUGUCACAUUCAUUUCUGAAUUUCUUGAGUAAAGGGAAGAGGCAGGGAGACACUGAUCGCUUGCACUUUGCAAACAGGCCUAGCAUACGGGGCUGGGACCUUUAGGCUGACUGAGGCGCCGCUCCUGCAGGGGGAGGCGGCGUGCAGCUGGAGACCAGGCCUUGGGGCAAAGGUCAUACAUCCUUGUUCCUCUCUGCUCAGGAGAAGGCGGUGAAGCUGAAGGGAGGCAGAUAAAUGAGGCGCCCUCUCUGACGUGGGCAAACGAGAGGGGCGCCAAACCUUGAAAGUCCUUCAGACGCGUGCGCCGAAGACGUCCUAAUAUUUGUACUACUCCUGGUUUGUUCAAGAAAAGUAAAACAAGAAAAAUUGCACAGUUUUCUGUAACUAGAAGAAUCACUAAAGGAGUGAAUUUCCAUUUGCAGUCAUGAUGAAUUUGAAUUCAUUUUUGUUGUGUUUGUGUGUGUUUGUGUGUGUGUCUGAGAAUGUGUGUGAGAGCGAAUGAGGGAUUCCGUGAUCCUCAAUUCCUGACUGAACCAAAACUGACUCCCAAAUCCUGUGAAUAUGCUAACACGCCCAAAGACAGCCAGUAGACUCCCAACAAAAAGUGUGUAAAAAAAAAAAAAAAAGCAUAUAUUUUUGGUUGACAAACUGACCAAAAAAAAAAAAAGGGGUUUUUUUCUUAAAUAAUGAAUAAAUACAGGUAACAAAAGCUGUUUUGAUGAAUUUCCGGUGCGAUACUUUCCAGCUUGAUUGCGCGGUCGCCUGAGAGCAUCAGACACAUCACCAUCAAAAUACAUCCAUAGUCACGAGAGGAAGUCUGUAUUUCAGUAAUGUUCUACCUACGUUGGAGAUCAUUUCACAAACAUUUCAUUUCUUACAUAUGUUAAUGAUAGUGAAACCAUUAGGAGGUUGUUGAUUGUUUUUGGUUUGAUGUUCUGUCGAAGAGUAAAUCUGCACAGCUGGAUUUAGUUAAACUGCUCUUUCCAGGAGCUUUAAAAAGAAAAACACACAGGACAGAAAUGUAACGUUCAGCUUUUCACAUCAGUAAUUUAAGUCCAAUAACCUUAUUUCAAACAAUGUCCAAACCAAAUAGGCUAACUGUUUAGUUUUAGUUUUAUGUGUAAUAUUUAUUCUGCCUGCUAGGUUUUAUAUAUAUAUAUAUAUAUAUAUAAGAUAUUGUUUGUUAUUUGGUUUUGAUUUGUACUUUUGCGUACGUGCGUGCGUGUGCGCGCGUACGUGCAUGUGUGUAUGCGUUGUAGUAUUAAUUUUUUCUCGUCAGGCAUUAAUGUGCUACAAACCAAAAUCAUGUGUUCUCCAUUUCAGGAAUUACUUCAAAGUGUCUUACAAAAUAAAAAUCCUAAAAUA